GGCCUCUGUUACUGAAGGUCCUGGAGUCACCUCUAAAAUGCUGCAGAAAGCUUCGAAAUCUUGAUUGCAUUUUGCAUUCUUUGAUUCUCACUCCCCUUCCCUUUCAGCAUUAAACGGAAAAAAAGAUGUCCCUGUACGAUGACCUGGGAGUGGAGACCAGUGACUCAAAAACAGAAGGCUGGUCCAAAAACUUCAAGCUUCUGCAGUCCCAGCUCCAGGUGAAGAAGGCAGCUCUCACUCAAGCAAAGAGCCAAAGGACAAAGCAAAGUACGGUCCUCGCCCCAGUCAUUGACCUGAAGCGAGGCGGCUCCUCUGACGACCGGCAGAUCGUGGACACACCUCCGCACGUCGCUGCGGGGCUGAAGGAUCCUGUUCCCAGUGGGUUUUCCGCAGGAGAAGUUCUGAUUCCCUUGGCUGACGAGUAUGACCCCAUGUUUCCUAACGAUUACGAGAAAGUAGUGAAGCGCCAGAGGGAGGAGCGGCAGAGGCAGCGGGAGCUGGAGAGACAGAAGGAGAUCGAAGAGCGGGAAAAGAGGCGGAAAGACAGGCACGAAGCCAGCGGGUUUUCCAGGCGACCAGAUCCAGAUUCUGAUGAAGAUGAAGACUAUGAGCGCGAGAGGAGGAAAAGAAGCAUGGGCGGAGCUGCCAUCGCCCCACCCACGUCUCUGGUGGAGAAGGACAAAGAGUUGCCCCGAGACUUUCCUUACGAAGAGGACGCCAGACCUCGCUCCCAGUCUUCCAAAGCGGCGAUUCCUCCCCCCGUGUAUGAGGAGCCGGACAGACCGCGGUCUCCCACCGGGCCCAGCAACUCCUUCCUCGCCAACAUGGGGGGCACGGUGGCACACAAGAUCAUGCAGAAGUACGGCUUCCGUGAGGGCCAGGGCCUGGGGAAGCACGAGCAGGGGCUGAGCACCGCCCUGUCGGUGGAGAAGACAAGCAAGCGCGGCGGCAAGAUCAUUGUGGGUGACGCCGCGGAGAAGGGUGAGUCCCCAGAUGCGUCUAAGAAGUCAGAUUCAAAUCCGCUGACUGAAAUACUUAAGUGUCCGACUAAAGUGGUCCUGCUAAGGAACAUGGUUGGUGCAGGAGAGGUGGAUGAAGAUUUGGAAGUGGAAACCAAGGAGGAAUGUGAAAAAUAUGGCAAAGUUGGAAAGUGUGUGAUAUUUGAAAUUCCGGGUGCCCCUGAUGAUGAAGCAGUGCGGAUAUUUUUAGAAUUUGAGAGAGUUGAGUCCGCAAUUAAAGCUGUUGUCGACCUGAAUGGAAGGUAUUUUGGUGGCCGGGUGGUCAAAGCCUGUUUCUAUAACUUGGACAAGUUCAGGGUCUUGGACUUGGCGGAACAAGUGUGACCUGAAAAACGAGAGCAUGAGCCAUCUCUCGGGAUCCUUCAGUGAACUGCAGGCUGAGCUGAGGAGGAGAAAGGCCACGCCUCUGCUGUAGAGACCGAAACUCCGGAAGGACUUCUGAGAUGCGUGUGGAUUGGUCCCUUUUUUUAUUUUGUGGUUUUUUAAUAUAGUAUAAAAAUCCUUUAAAAAAACAAACAGCGAUCUGUGUGCC